AUGGCUAACAGGAAGACGCGAGGGAGGAAAGCACAAAAAGACCAUAGCCCAGUAAGGAAUGAAGAGAAUGGAAGUUCUACACCAAAGGAAUUGAUGGAAAAGAAAGUAGAUCCACGGGAAUCAGAGGGAAAGGCAAGCGCAUCUAGGGUUUGUCUCGAACAUGAAGAUUCAAAAAUGAAAGAGGAUCUAACCAAACAGGGCAAGACCUUGAGUGAAAUGGGUAUCAAUACAUCGAGGAAGCUUGAUUGGUCUGCAAUUAUUGAAAAGGAAAAGAGAGAAGGGUCAUCUCAAGGGGGAGCAGAGAGCGUGAACAAACUGAGGAAAGGAGGCAUUCCUCUGGAGUAUGUGGAGCCAAAGAAGCAAGAUGGGCAUUUGAUAGCGGAAGUACAGAAGCUUGAUUUGCAACGGCAGGUGGAUUACUGGAAAACCUCGGUAAAUAAGCUUUGCUCUUGGGGCCAACCCUCCCUACAAAGUCAUGGAAGCCUAUUACCGUCGAAUCUAGAAACAUCUCAACAUUGA